CACUUGCAUAAUCGAGUUUAAAGAGUAGCAUUUUUUUGUUUGUUUUUGAGUUAAUUUACUCAUGUACGGGGUACAUAGAGCAGUUCUUGCAUGUUCUACACCGCCUUUAAAAGCCGCAAAGUUGUCAUUUUUUUUUCAUUUGGAUUUGAGGACAGUUUUUCUUCAUUCGGAGAAUGUUCUUUGUUUUCUAGGGUUUUGAAAUUCGUAGACAUUUUCAGAAGAACAAAACCAAAUGGGUCCUCUUGUCGGAGCGAACGAGCUCUCGAAAGCACAAGCACUCAUCGACUCUGCAAAUAAUCUCCUUAAACCUCAAUCCUCUACUGAUGCGACUCUCACUCUUCUCGAGGAAGUCGAGUCUCUGCUCGCCACUGUCGAGCAAGAUCCUACUGCAUCAGUAAAAAGGGCCCUAUUUCCACCAAUGAAGGCUUUGGUAUCCGCUGAUUUUUUAAGAAACCCUGAUUCUGAUGUUAGGGUUUCUGUUGUCUCGUGCUUGACUGAAGUUAUGAGGAUUACUGCUCCUGAGGCCCCUUACAACGAUGACCAAAUGAAGGAGAUCUUCCAGGUGACAAUAGAAGCCUUUGAAAAACUAGCUGAUGCUUCCAGUCGCAGUUACAGGAAAGCCGAGGUUGUUCUUGAGACUGUUUCAAAGGUUAGAUCAUCCUUGGUUAUGUUGGACUUGGAAUGCGACGAUCUUGUCCUAGAAAUGUUUCAACGGUUCUUGAAAAUCAUAAGGCCGGAUCAUCCUCAACUGGUGCUUCUCUCAAUGGAAACGAUUAUGAUCACAGUUAUAGAUGAAAGUGAAGAAGUACCCAUGGAUUUGCUCGAGAUCCUCUUGACUACUGUCAGAAAAGAAAGUCAGGAUGUCUCACCAGCGGCUUUUACGCUUGUGGAGAAGGUUCUCAGUAGUUGCGCCUGUAAGCUUCAUCCGUGCAUCAUGGAAGCUUUGAAGUCCUCUGGGACCAGCUUGGACAUGUAUUCUCCUGUAGUUUCAUCAAUAUGCCAACGUGAAUUUGCCACUACUCAAGCACACAAUGAUGUUAAGCCCAAAGAAAAUGAGGCAGAUGAAAAGAUAUCAGAAGGACAAGUAUUUCCAAAUGAUUCAUUGGAGGACAAAUUGAAUUUGGGGCUUUCUCGCAAAGGAAAUAGAUCCAAGAGAACUGCUAGAGGUGGAACUCGUCGAGCCAAUGGAGAUGACAAAGUAAUAACCGCAAAUGAAGGGCUGUCUGAAAGUACAGAUGCAGAGACUGCAUCAGGGUCGACAAGGAAGAGAGGGUUGAAACCAAAUUCUCUGAUGAAUCCUGAGGAAGGCUAUUCAUUUAAGACGUCUUCAAGCAAGAAGGUGCAGGAAAAAGAACUUGGAGAUUCAUCACUUGGAAAGGUGGCUGCCAAGAAAGUGUCUUUGCCUACUAAAGUUGGUCAAACGAAUCAGUCUGUUGUUAUUUCUCUCUCAUCCUCUGGUAGGGCUAGGACAGGGGCACGUAAACGAAGCCGAACUAAGAUGGAAGAGACGGAUCAUGAUGUAGGUUCUGUUGCAACACAACCAUCAAAGAAACAGAUUGUGAAGAAAAAUAAUCCUGCAGAAGAAGAUUUGACGAAGUCUAAGGUUGAAAAACCUGAAGAUGGCAUUAAGACUGGCAAGUCAAGUAAAAAGGAGAAAGCACAUAAUGGUUUAGCAAAAACAUCUGCAAAGAAGCCACUUGCAGAAACUAAGAUGGUAAAGCCCAGAGGGAAAAAGUCAGCCCACUCAGAUGUUAAGAAAAAGAAUUCAGAAGGUGCAAGCAUGGAUACGCCUAUUCCCCGAUCAUCAAAGAGCAAGAAGGAUUCUCGUGCAACGACGCCUUCAACCAAAAAAUCUGAUCAAGCUCCUAAGAGCCAUCUCAAGAGGAAACGGACAGCAGGAGAGGAAGUGGAGUCCAAUACAAGUGAGCUUGGUAAGGAACUGGUUGGUAAGAGAGUUAAUGUCUGGUGGCCACUCGACAAGACGUUUUAUGAAGGUGUCGUAAAAUCAUAUUCUAGUCUUAAGAAGAUGCAUCAAGUAAAAUAUUCUGAUGGCGAUGUUGAAGAGCUUAAUCUGAAAGAAGAACGUUUUGAGAUAAUCGAGGAUAAUUCAGUCAGUGAGGAUAAGGAGAUUGAUCUUCCUGAGUCUACUCCUUUAUCUGCCUUUAUACAAAGGGAGAAAGCCAAGAAGAGGAAAACUGUGUCUAAGAAUGUGCAACCGAGUAGUUCUCCAGAAGUCAGAUCCUCUAUGCAAACAAUGAAGCAGAAAGGCCCUGUAACAGACUCCAUUAAGCAAGCAAAAAGAACCAAAGGUGCAUUGAAGGCUGUAAGCAAUGAACCAGAAAGCACUGCAGGGAAAAAUCUUAAAUCCUUGAAAAAGCUGAAUGGUGAACCUGAUAAAACAAAAGGCAGAACUGGCAAAACGCAGAAGGUGACUCGAGCUAUGCACCGGAAAAGUGAAAAAGAUUGUGAUGGGAAGGAAGACCCGGAAACCAAAGGUGAAGACAGUCUGAAAUUGGGGAAAGAAUCAGAUGCUGAGCCUGAUUGUACGGGAGAACACCAAGAAUUGCCUGAAAAUCAAAAUGCAGAAACCAAAACUGAUGGAGAUGAGCCAAAUGCAGAACCCGAAACUGAUGGAAAAGAGCGUAACUCAUUGAAGGAGCCAAAUGCGGAGCCCAAAUCUGAUGGAGAAGAGCAGGAGGCAGCGAAAGAGCCAAAUGCAGAGCCUAAAACUAAUGGAGAUGAGCCAAAUGCAGAACUCGUAGCUGAUGGAAAAGAGUGUAACUCAUUGAAGGAGCCAAAUGCAGAGCCCAAAGCUGAAGGAGAAGAGCAGGAGGCAGCAGAGGAGCCAAAUGCUGAGCCCAAAACUGAUGGAGAAGAGGAGGAGGCGGCGAAAGAGCCAACUGCAAAACGCAAAACUGAGGAGGAAGAGCACAAGGUAGCUGAUGAGCUAGAGCAAAAGUCACUGAAAGAGACAAAUGUAGAACCGGAAACUGAGGGAGAAGAGCAAAAGUCAGUGGAAGAGCCAAAUGCAGAAGAGAAAGAGUCAGCAAAAGAGCAAACUGCAGACACAAAAUUGAUUGGGAACGAGGACAUGUCUAAGACAAAGGGAGAAGAGAUUGAUAAAGAAACAUUGACAAGCAUCCCUGAGACUGGUAAAGUGGAAAAUGAAGCUGAAGAAGAUGAUCAGAGAGUGAUUAAGGAACUGAAAGAAGAGUCUGACAGGGCAGAAGUCAGUACUAGCGUGCUUGAGGUUGAUCCAUGAAUCAAGGAUUGUUAGGUAAAUGUUAAUCCAGGAAAAAAGAUUGGUUCUUGUGGUUUAGGUAACUUAUGUGUUAAGUGAAGCUGCUUGUUUAGAGACUAAUGGUGUUUUUUGUGAGUAGAUUCUUCUGACCUAUGUCUUGUUAUGGAACUAGUUUGAUCUUAAUGCCACCUUUCUAGCAGCAUAUAUUAAUAUUUUAUAUAUUUAGAGACA